AUGAAACUUUUGCAUUAUCUUGCGUUUCUACUCGCUCUGUUGACGGUCUGCGGAGCCUGGACCGUAGGCGACACCUAUGUCCGACGGGAACUCUGGAAGUCCUGGAAAUUGGCCUUCAAGAAAAACUACUUCAGUGGCCGAGAGGAACUCCACCGAAAACGUGCAUUCUACAGCAACCUGGACUUCAUCAUUCGACACAAUAGACGAUAUGAGUACGGCCUAGAAACCUAUGCAGUGGGACUCAAUGAAUUCAGUGACCUGACGCCGCAGGAAUUUGCUGAAACCUACCUCUGUUUACGGGGGAGCGUAGUGAUGAAGUUAAGACGCAGCAAGCCAGUAACCAGCCUGCCAUUCACCGGAAGACUACCUGAAACCGUAAAUUGGCACGAGAAGGGAGCUGUUACGUCGAUCAAAAAUCAGGGUCAAUGCGGCGCCUGCUGGUCAUUCUCCGCAUGCGGUGCCAUCGAAGGCCAAAUCGCGAUCAAGACCGGGGUUUUGCGCAGCCUCUCAAACCAACAGUUGAUGGACUGCAGUUGGGAGUAUGGUAACCAGGGUUGCAACGGGGGACUCAUGCCGUUGGCCUUCCAGUACGUCAAGAAGUUCGGGGUCGAAGCGGAGGUUGACUACAGAUAUGAGGAAAGGGUAGGUCGCAUUGUUUACAACUUCUGGCGUUUUCGUCACCUCCAUAAGCAUGCUAUUCAUAUUGCCUACUCUCCACGGCGAAGGCUUUCUAAUGAAAUGGCUAAUUAUGCGUCGUUCGAUGGGGUCUGCAGAUAUCGUCCGGACCUGAUUGUUGCCAACAUAACUGGAUACGUGGAACUGCCAGAGGGCGAUGAAGUAGGCCUUCAAAGGGCUGUUGCAACCAAAGGUCCCGUUUCUGUCGGAAUUGAUGCUAGCGAGCCUGGAUUUCAGUCCUACAGCCACGGUGUGUAUGUUAGCAAAACCUGCACGGCAGCUGGGAUUGAUCACGGUGUUCUGGCUAUUGGCUAUGGAACAGAGGACGGUCAGGAUUACUGGCUAGUAAAGAACAGUUGGGGACGUUCCUGGGGUGAAGAUGGAUACAUCAAAAUGGGCCGCAACCUAAACAAUAUGUGUGGAAUUGCCAGCAUGGCAAGUUAUCCAACGGUUUAA